GGUGUGAAGUUUUCUCCUGUCCUCCGGAGAAUGUUUCUUUCCUUCUCUUUCAGCACUUGCUUGGCUUUUCUCCCAAAGGUUCAAAUCCAGAGCCUGAACAUGCAGAAAGGGAAACUAACUAUAGACCUGUAUCGCACGAAACGCUCUCUCAGAUACUUUGAAGAGGAGUCCAGGGAUCUGGCUGGCCGCCUGCAAUGUUCAUUGCAGCAUAGAGGAGAGUUAGAGCAGGCUCUGUCUGCUGUCGUCGCCACACAGAAGAAGAAGGCGAACCAGUCCUCGAGGCACAAGAAAGCAUAUAUGGAGUGGAAGUUAGAGCGGUCCAUACAGGAGCAGGCACUGCUGAAAGCACAGCUGACACAGUUGAAGGAGUCGCUAAAGCAAGCCCAGCUAGAGAGAGAUGAAUAUGCUCAACAUCUAGAAGGAGAGAGGGCCCGGUGGCAGCAGAGGAUGAGGAAAAUGUCGCAGGAGGUUCGCACCCUGAAGGAGGAGAGGCAGCAUGAUAUGCGUCAGGUAGAGAAGCUGGAGAGGCGCUUGUCCACACUCAAAAACCAGAUGGCUGAACCCCUGCCCCCGGAGCCCCCAGCAGUGCCCCCUGAGGAGGAGCUGCAGCACCUGAGGAAGGAACUAGAGCGAGUGUCAGCAGAGCUCCAGGCCCAGGUGGAGAACAAUCAACGUAACAACGAGAACAAGAGCACACUGCAGUUGGAGCAGCAAAUAGAGGAGCUACAGGAGAAGCUGGGUGAGGAGCACCUGGAGGCUGCCAGCCAGCAGAAUCAGCAGCUGCAGGACCAACUGAACCUCAUGGCUCUCCCUGGGGAAGGAGAUGGAGGCGGACAUCUGGACAGUGAGGAGGAGGGACCUCGGCCCAUGCCGAGCGUCCCAGAGGACCUGGAGAGCUGGGAGGCCAUGGUGCCAUUUUUCAACUCCGCUGGAGCCAGUGCCCAGGAGGAGCAGGCACAGUUACGGGAGCAGGAGACAGAGCAGAGGGUGUGCUGCCAGCGCCUGGCUCACACAGUGGCCUCGGCCGAGGAGGAGCUGGAGGCAGCCGUCCCAGCCCCAGGGACUGGGGGCGAGUCUGUGAUUGGGGAGACCCAGCCGGGCCUGUGGGAAGUCAUGGAGAAGCUGGAGAGCGGCCUUAUGGACCUCCUGGAGGAGCAGACAGACCUGAGAGAGCGUGUGGAGAAACUACAAGUUCAAUUCAUCCAGUACUGGAGAGAAAGAUGCCAUCAGAAAAUUCGUCACCUUAUAAAUGAACCAGGAGGCAAUGUCAAAGAUGCAGCGCGGGGAGGAGGACAUCAUCAGGCUGGCCCAGGACUGGGAGGAGAUGAAGGUAAAGCUGCUGGCGCCUCAGGAGAUGCUGUUGGGGCUUGCAGUGACUACAGUGAGGGGCACAGCAAACUCCUGGCCUCUUCCCAGAACCCUGCUGAUGAGCCCGGUCCAGGAGCCCCAGUCCCCCAGGAGCUUGGGGCUGCCCACAAGCAUGGUGAUCUUCAUGAGAUGAGCCUCACCGACAGCGAGGAGCCAGCGCAAGGAGAGGACACGGAGGGUUCUCCCCACAACAACCCUACUGCACAGCCCAUCGUGCAGGAGCACCAGGAGAACCAGGAGCACCCAGGCUUCGGCAGCAAACGCCCUGUGCCAUUCUUUUGCUGGGCUUGGCUGCCGAGAAGAAGGAGAUAAACAUCACAAUCAUCAAAGAGCUGGUCAAGACAUUUUAAAAAUAGAGUUAUGGGGUGAAUCUCCUACACAAUCCAUUUACUUCAUUUGAAUGUUAGAGCCACUCAUGAUUAUUUGUGUUUCUAAUUUAUAGUUUAAGUUUAUUUGUAAAAAGUUAAGAGAUUGGGUCUCUGUGGGUUUCACUGAGGUUCACUCUGGCAUCCUUUAGCAUUUUUCUUUUUUAAUUUCAUAAUUGUAGGUCAUUAGCAUGCAUAUCGAGUUUGCCGUUACAUGGUGGGAGUUCAAACACACAAAGACCCACUGUUUGCACAAAACUGUUCUCGCUGGUUUGGAAUAGGCUGCCAUGCUUUUUUAAUGUUGUUGCAGCGUGUAUAUUCAUUAUAGAAUUCAGAUAAAAUUUGCUUAUGUUCGGCCGGGCACGGUGGCUCACGCCUGUAAUCCCAGCACUUUGGGAGGCCGAGACGGAUGGAUCACAAGGUCAGGAGAUCGAGACCAUGGUG